GCCGGGGUGGGUCUGCCCGUGGCCGCUGCUCACCUGCCCGCGGAGGCGGGGCGCGGCGCCGGGACGCGCCUGCCUCCCGCCGCCUCUCGCCUCCCCGCCUCCCCGCCUCCCGCCCUGGGAGGAAGCGGAGGGGCGCGGUGUAAACAGAGCGGCGGCCGUGAUGUCAGCCGGUCACAUGGAGCCUCUUAUGGCUCGGGAUGGCUCUCGGCGGGCGGGCAGCUGCGGCAGCUGCUGCUGUGGCUCAGGCGGCGGCGGCGCGGCGGCGGCAGAGGGGGCUCCGGGGUCGGACCAUCCGCUCUCCCUGCGCUCUCCGCACCGCGGUUUAAAUGAUGUAUUUUGUGAUCGCAGCGAUGAAAGCUCAAAUUGAAAUUAUUCCAUGCAAGAUCUGUGGAGACAAGUCAUCAGGAAUCCAUUACGGUGUCAUUACAUGUGAAGGCUGCAAGGGCUUUUUCAGGAGAAGUCAGCAAAGCAAUGCCACCUACUCCUGUCCUCGCCAGAAGAACUGUUUGAUUGAUCGAACUAGUAGAAACCGCUGCCAGCACUGCCGACUACAGAAAUGCCUUGCCGUGGGCAUGUCGCGGGAUGCUGUAAAAUUUGGCCGCAUGUCGAAAAAGCAGAGGGACAGCUUGUACGCGGAGGUGCAGAAGCACCGGCUGCAGCAGCAGCAACGUGACCACCCGCAGCAGCCCGGAGAGGCCGAGCCGCUGACGCCCACCUACAACAUCUCCGCCAACGGGCUCACGGAGCUGCACGACGACCUCAGCAACUACAUGGACGGGCACACCCCCGAGGGCAGCAAGGCUGACUCGGCGGUCAGCAGCUUCUACCUGGACAUCCAGCCCUCUCCCGACCAGUCCGGUCUGGACAUCAACGGCAUCAAACCGGAACCCAUCUGUGACUACACACCAGCAUCCGGCUUCUUCCCCUACUGUUCCUUCACCAAUGGGGAGACGUCCCCGACCGUGUCCAUGGCAGAAUUAGAGCACCUGGCACAGAAUAUAUCCAAGUCUCAUCUGGAGACCUGCCAGUACUUGAGAGAAGAGCUCCAGCAGAUCACGUGGCAGACCUUCCUGCAGGAGGAGAUCGAGAACUAUCAAAACAAGCAGCGAGAGGUGAUGUGGCAGUUGUGUGCCAUCAAGAUUACAGAAGCUAUCCAGUACGUGGUGGAGUUUGCCAAACGCAUUGAUGGAUUUAUGGAGCUGUGUCAAAACGAUCAAAUUGUGCUUCUAAAAGCAGGCUCUCUAGAGGUGGUGUUCAUCAGGAUGUGCCGUGCCUUUGACUCGCAAAACAACUCCGUGUACUUUGAUGGGAAGUAUGCUAGCCCCGAAGUCUUCAAAUCCUUAGGGUGCGAAGACUUUAUUAGCUUUGUAUUUGAAUUUGGAAAGAGUUUAUGUUCUAUGCACCUGACUGAAGAUGAAAUCGCAUUAUUUUCUGCAUUUGUACUUAUGUCGGCAGAUCGCUCAUGGCUACAGGAAAAGGUAAAAAUUGAAAAGCUGCAACAGAAAAUUCAGCUAGCACUUCAGCACGUCCUACAGAAGAACCACCGAGAAGAUGGAAUAUUAACCAAGCUAAUAUGCAAGGUGUCUACAUUAAGAGCCUUAUGUGGACGACAUACAGAAAAGCUAAUGGCAUUCAAAGCAAUAUACCCAGACAUUGUGCGACUUCAUUUUCCUCCAUUAUACAAGGAAUUGUUCACUUCAGAAUUUGAGCCAGCAAUGCAGAUUGAUGGGUAAAUGUAUCACCUAAGCACUUCUAGAAUGUCUGAAGUACAAACCUGAACACAAACAAACAAAAUUAACCGAGACACUUUCUAUGGCCCUGCAACAGCCCUGGAGCGCCAACACACUGCACAUCUUUUGGUGAUCGGGGGUCAGGCAAAGGAGGGGAAACAAUGAAAACAAAUAAAAGUUGAACUUGUUUUUCUCAUGCAUAUGAUUUCCAUUAUGCCUACAGAUAUGGACCCUUUUUCUGUCUAGACUUCUUAACCCUGAUGGUUGACCCCUGCCGACAGCAGCAGGAGGGUACUAAAGUCGGAUGAUUUCCUUGUCUUUGAGCUCACUGCCCAGACAGAGACUUUCUGAAGAGUCACCCGUCUGUCAGUGACAAGAGAGAGUCCAGCAAUAAUCGGUGACUGGUGUGCAUAGCGGAGGUUGCGGCAUUACUUUGCACAACUUGCUCUUUGUUUCAUGAAGGAAGUUUUUGUUAUUAUUUUUUUCCCCACCGAUUAUUGCCAGUCAGCAGGAUGGCAUGAAAAGGGUCCAUGGCACUAGCAACAAUAGCAUUAUAAUAUAUUACAGGGAAAUGGGCAUGAAGACUAUAUAUAGCUCAAAGAGAUAUUGUUUAUAUAUUGUUUUAAUUAAUAUAAAAAUGUAGUUACUGGUGUAGCUUUUCCUGUUGAAUUGAUAAGGCACUUUCAUUUUGCACCUUUUCCUUUAAAUUAAAUGCUAGCGUGUUCACUGUUGUGUCGCAUGUGCACCAGAAACACAAGUUAAACUGAGAAGGCUCGGAAGGUACGGCGGGAGGGAUUUAUGCUGCUGUUUACAGAAUUACUUUUAAAAGUCUGGCUGGUCAUAUCUAGAAAUCGCCAUGUUGGCUUUUGUUUUUUCCCCACCUGUAAAUUUGAACUCUUCCCCUACAUGGUACCAUACUUUUGAAGGGGGCACUUUCAGGAGAGAUGUGUUUAUGCUUCAUACAAAGUUAAACGAUUGCUUGGUGCUGGGGUCUUAGAGCCUCACAUAAAUGGGUUGUUUCUUGUUUGUUUGUCUUUGUUUUUAAAAUUUUAAAUGCCACGUUCCAGAAGCAGUAGAGGGAAAGGCUUGUUUUAUACAAUUCAGUGGCUAUUAAGGACACAGCCUCAAAUUAGAAUUCUCAACACUUUGAGCUCAGUAAGCAGAAUAUGUAUUGGAAGCCAGCAUUUGUUCCAAGAAGAACCCAAAGAUUCUCUGUGGAGUGACUGGACACUCCCUGUCUGAGGACGUGAGGCAUUUUUGUGAAUGCUCAUAUUCUCGGGAUCAUCGAGAAACCUUACGAAUGAUCUCAGAGGGAGCUAGACCCCAGACGAGCUGUUUCUGACUGCUACUGUUGUCAAAGAUUGCUCUCCAUCUUGGAUAGACAGUGAAUGGGGAGGAAGGGAGGAAGGCAUACAAUAUUGCUCCAGUUUCUUAUUUAAAUAUUGGGUAUUUCCCUUAAAGUGAAGUGGAGGCUAACCAUUGACUUGUAUGUAUCUUCAUUGGAAAACUGUGGACUCUAAUUUAUUCUAUUAAUUAUGUAGAAGUUUUCCGGGCUUGUGUUCUGGGGAGAAACAUUGCUUUGUGUUGUUGUUUACUUUUGUGUGUUUGGGGGCAAGAGGCAGGAACAGCCUGAUCCACAUGUGUGCUUAUUUGUAAAAACAAGGGACUUUGGGGGAACACAGGCUUUUUGAAGAUGAUUGCAGUCACCUUCAGGGUGGGAUUCCACUACUGGUCUGACAUCAGAGAGCUUGCUUCUUACUGGGAAGGGCAUCUUGCCCAGGCGAUCCUUUAUAUUGAAGAAAGGGCUUCCUCUCCCAUAAGGGCCCUUCCAGAAUUGUCCACAGGAAUCUGUGACUUCCCAGAGCAUCUCACUCUGCUUUCAUCUCCACCUACUUUCUGGCUUGUUUCCUUGAGGGACUUGGGAAAGGGCAAGCAAUUACACAGACGUGUGUAUGAAGCUUAAAAGGGGUACACAAACUUUUUUUUUUUUUCAAAAAUAUAGUAUGGGUUUAAUCCUAAAGAGAAAACGUGAGUAAUAUUUACUUAAAAUUCUUAAAGGCAUAUAAAAUUUUGUGUGUUUGUAUAGAGAGUUUAUCUGUCAGCAUAUAGUAUUUAUAUUUGGGCAAGAAAGGUUAAAUCAGUUUUUUUUUUUAAUUUAAUUAAGCAUAGUUUUCCUUUAAAGAUCAAUAGUAUUUAUACUCAGAAAAGAGUCCCAAGUUUAGUUGGGUUAUUUAUUUGUCCACUUUUUCUCCUGUUGUCUCUCCUUUGGGGGAAGACAAUAGGUUGUUUUUAUUUUAUGUUUUAUUCCUUUGGUCAUUCAGCUUCACUAAAUUUGGGGGUGGUUUUAUUAAAGUUUAUUACCUUCUUUUUAACCAAAGCUUUCUGAAUAUGACCAGCCUCAGGUGCUAGUGCAUUAAAGAGCAACUAAACCCAAUGUCACUGUCCACUCAUGAAACCAGAGGAGCUAACUGAACUUCUCUAAGGGUGAGAGAGAACAUCUGAGGAACUUAUAAAGUCCUUUUCCUGGAAAGGAUUUUGCAUGGACCUAAUGAAAAACAAACAAAACCAGUGAGGCUCUUAUCUCAAGAACAGUCAUGCCAUAGUGACUUUGCUGUGAUGGCAACUCAAGGUAGAGCAACAUGAUACUGCCUCUAUAGAUCUGAAAGAAAAGCAGGUGGACUUCAAGAGGAACUGAAGCGUAGAGACAGAGAUGUACUCAGUGAGGCAAGGGAAUAAUUGACUAUUAUUUGGAUCCAAGCUGGGAUCUGAAGUUAAAAACUAAAGUUCAGUUGAACAGCAAAAAUUGGGAGUUCCGAAAAAGAUGUUAAAGAAAAAAAAGUUUGCAAUUUUAGUUUGUUACUAUGAAAACACCUGUGUGAUGACGCAAAAAUAAUUAGUGGUACCAGAACAAGCAUUCUCAAUAGUUCUUGGACUCAAAUGAUCAUCAACCCAGCUGCUAGAAUGCCUCUCUACAAUUUUUUUCUCUUAUAGAGUAAUAAGGCUUUUUGUACAAAGCCCCAAUAACCUUCUAUUGUAAUGGUAUCCAGGCGGUUGUAUUAUUUUGUGAGAAAAACUGGCCUUGGUCACAAAGAAAACAAAAGUGCAGAUGAAAGUGCUUUUUGGACAGUUUACAAAUUGUGUUAAAACUAUGGUUUUUUUUUUUUUUAAGUGUACUGCAUCCUAAUUUGUGUUAAAGCUAUGGAUUUUUUAAAAAAGUCUUCAGCAUCCUGAUUCACCCUACCUAAGUUAAGGAAAACAUUUAAGACACUGCUUUUAUGUAUGGUGGAGAUACUAGAUGUCUGUGAGUGUAUGGGAUUAGCUUAAGGGUCAUGUGAGGAAGGAGAGUGAGUGUCCUUAUGAGUUUGAGUGUGUGAUGUGUGUGUGUGUGUGUGUGUGUGUGUGUGUGUGUGUGUGUGACCGCUUCUAGGCUACUAAGUGUCAAUGGAAAAGAAAAUGUAUUCAAAAUACUUAAAUCAAAACUAGAAGAUGGGGGAAAAAAGAUUUAUUCUAUACAAAGCCUUGUCUGGACCACUUUAGAGAGACUUCUAUUUUUUUAACCCUUCUAUAAAUAUUUGAUGGCACUUGAAAUAUUCCUGCAAUAAAAUGUGAUUUGUGUAAAGAAAAAAAAAGAUUUUGUAAUGUGAAACAAAGAAAGAAAGUAAUGUAAUUUUCUAAAAAAAAAAUACAAACAAACAAACUUUGUAUUAUUUUCUUGAUGGAAUUUGUCUAUCUGUCUUUGGAAAACUUUUUAUUUCAUUGAAUGUGCCAUAGUAGAAGUACGUGUUUUUAGUUUUAGACUAAGGAAUAGCUAGUCGUUUGUGUUCCGACAUUCCAAAAUGCAAAACAACCUAGUAGAAUCCUUCAUGAAGAGGUUUCAGUAGUACGUAAGCUUCUCAUUGUUGCUUUUUUGCACAUGUUCCUCAUUCCUCUCUAGUGCAAUAUGUACAUAGAGCACUUGCGGGUGUACCUUGAUCCCUCAGGGAAAAAUACAUAUUUGUACAGUUUUUUUGGUUUUUUGUUUUUUUGGGGGGUUUUUUGCGCCUUUUGUUUUUGGCUAAGGAAUGUCGAUCGAAUCACUUGUUGUUGUUGAGGGGCAGCCAGAUAAUACUCCUAAAGCCACUGUUUCAAACAUUGAUUGUUUAAAUCAUGUGUCCUUCCAAUGCUAUUAUUUUAAGAUAAUAAUAAAAAGUUAUUUUCUGACAGUUCUUUGUGCUGAUUGGUGAAAGAGAAGGGUAAAUAAGCACCUUAUGAUUGACUUACUGUGAAUGACAAUCCAUCUUGGUAACGAUAAAAGCCCUUUCAUUUGGGAGUUGGGAUUAAGAGUCAGAAAAAGAUGUGCUCAGGGAUCUCCUAAAACUCUUAAAAACAGGGUGGCCAGUACUACUGGGACAAAUUGUGUUUUUUUACUCUCAUUAACAAUGAUAAUAAUAUUAUCCCUCGAAAGCACAAGUGAACUGUAUAGAACUCUGUGUGUGUAUGUGUGUGUGUGUGUGUGUAAACUCUUCACUAUUAUCUCAUUUUGUUGCAUUUAAAAAACUUAAUGUGCCCUUCUGUCUUGUGUGCUUCAAUACACUAACUCCUUCCAAAGCAGUGCAGAGUUGUGCUGGUGUGUUCCAAAGAUUACAGGAAACAUCACAGCAAAGAGCCACGUUCCAAGGCAGCCCUCGCUCAUUCCCUUUGCCAUUUCUCAAGUAAUUAAAGUGUUCAUGAUAAACACAUAACAACACAGGCUGAGAAUUGUUUCAAAUUCUACCUACUUAUAAAUAUUUUAAAAACCAGUGAUGAGAAACCUGCCCUAGGAAGUGGGGAAAAGAUAAAACAUGCCUUUUGCAAACAUUACUGUCUUUUUCACUACGCCCUCCUCAAAAAGCAAACCAAAAGCACCAUUACGUAAAACCAUCCUUCCUUCCAUAUUUGCGCUUUUAUUUCUUGAUGAACUGAGAUGAGGGCUAAAAUUUAAAGCCAAAACAAAACCUGCCUGUGUGAAAGCAGCUAGGGCCAGCUCUUAGGCUUGCACGUGACACUACUAAAGUAUAGUUUUGUUCUCCUAGUCCUGUACGUUACCUUCCAGAAAGUCUGACUCGACUUCACUGUUGGCUGAGUCUUCCAGAACCCAUCUUCAGAGUAAGAUUUACAUAUUUCUUAUCUUAGAGAAGUAUAAAUUUGGAAAAAUUAAUGAUAAACUUUGUUUUAUUGUUUCAGAUAAGGAAAAGCGUAGAAAUCUUUCCCCCUUCCCCACAAGUACAUGAGGGUACUUUGAAGAGGUCGUGAAAAAUGGAACUAAAAUUUGAGUUGAUUUUGGUGCAAAAAGGUUUUUGAAAUCCAUGUAUAGUUUUUGCAUAAUAUGUGUUUUCCAUAUAUAUAAUGAAAAACAUUUUGGCAUCAAUAAUUUCUGUGCAAAUUCAUACUUUUAAUUUCAUUCUCCAAAAAAAUUAAAAGAUUCUCUUACAUAAGUAUAUACACAUACACAUGUUAUUUACAUUAUUUCAUGUUAUGACAUGCAACUGCUAUGUCUUCCUUAUAAAAUUAUGAUACAGAACCCUAUAAAAACAACUUUUUAUUACAGAUCUGUGUGCCCGGAAAUGUAAUUGCAUCAGCAGAUCUCCAAUUGAUUUCUUUUGGUCUGUAAUGCAGGUCCUCAUUCCAUCUCUGAACACUGUUAACAUGAGGAGAUCCCACCACAUUGCAUCCGAUACCUUUGCACUGCUGCUCAUUUGAAAGAGAUGAGGAGGUUGACUAGCAGUGUCUCCACAGAGCAAUUCAUUUCAUUUCUGGGUCUGCUUGCUUGUUUAUCUGUGUGAGUGAAUGAGAUCAUUUUGGCCAGGCUCUCAGAAUAACACAAAAAAGAUACUCCAGAAGCCUGGCUUCAGAUCAAGGAAGCAGGGUAAACGAGGGCAUCUCCAUGUCCAGUCAGACCCUCGGAACUUAACAGCAAUAAGUACAUCCCAUCAUUUAUUGAUUUAUUAAGGAGUGAGAAUAUUCAGCCAUGCAACAUGGAGUCUUGUGUAGAGAGAGUGUAUAGGAGUAUUUCAAAUAGAGGCUGAGGGAAUCCACGCUUGCCACUUACUUGAAGCGUGCUUUGCCACAGUAGCACCUCACCUUUUCUUCUGCUAAGAACUAAUGACAGGUAGCUUGCUUAGACAUGCUGCCCAUGCCGUUACGUCCUUUUCUAGGGGCUAGGAAUUCUCUCCCGUGUACAUGUGUGAUUCCUUUUUCACUCAUUAUUUAAUGUGGAUGAGUACUAUUUCUAGGAAUAUGAUUAUCAUUGAACAGACUGCAUAUGUAAAUGCAGAUCAUUCUGGAGCAAUAUAGUGAAAACGAUUUCACAAAAAAAACAAUCCGUAUGUACUGUACACAUUUUCCUGAAUCCAAAAUUCUUUUCUUAUCCACAACGGUCUGAAAUCUCAUGAUCAAACAGUGGUAACAUUUUUGAACAUUAGGACAUUAGCUGGCUGCUUCUUUAAAUGUACCUGUAUCGUCUGCCUGCUCCUUUUCUGGAGAUGUGUUUUGUAUUGGAUGUUUGGGCCGAUGGGAGGCUUCAAGCUACAACAUAUUUUCCCAGUUUAAAUAUAUUUAACAUAUGACAAACCCCAGACAAGGCUUUUAUUAUGUAUAAAGAACUGCAGUGUUAGGUGGUUUAUUUGCAAACCGUUUUCAAUGUUGUCCAUUUUUAUGGCACCUUUAACAAUAUUGUUUCCAAAGUACAAAAAAAAAAUAGGUUAAAUAAUCUAGCCAUAACUGAAUGUCAAGCAAUAAAACAAAUGAUUUUUGUGUAUAGACUUAAACAAAAUACCAAUUUUAGACAUCUGCAUGUAAAUGCAAUCUCUUGUUUACUGCUUUCUUCAACUUGAGCAAUUGAUUCCUUAUUUACUAUUAACUUAAGAACUUGUAAUGGCCUGUAAACAUUUUCUCUCUUACUCUUCUUUCAAAUUUACCUUCAUCCCUGCUUUUGAGUCAUAAUAUUUAAUGUUGUUCUGCACAUCUCUAUACAGUUAACUUUUUGGCUUUCAUCCUGUAUAGAUAAGAAAAUGUUAUAUUAUAAACAGCCUACUCAGUGCAAAUAUUUAUCUGUUUAUCAAAUCCACAAUAUGCUGUAUAAUACUGGUUUUACUAUAUAAUCUAUUUUAGACAUAGCUGUUUAGAACUAGAGUGUGCUAUUUUUGUGUUUUUCUGAUGUGUGGUGCUAGAUAAGUUACUUUUGUGAACAACAACAACAAAAAAACCCUUUUAUUCCUAGACAAUACCACCUUUGGGUCUUGUUAAUUUCACUGAGUUUAACUAUAUAUUUGUAUAUAUAUACAUAUACAUAUAUAUAUAUAUAUCUACCUGUACCCAACUGGCAGCUGUAUCAGAGUGCUGGAUUUGGGACAUGCUUUUCUCUUUAAAUACAUAAUAUCAUAUAAAUUAUUCUAGAGUAUAUUUAAUUAGGAUAAAACUACUUCCUUAGUAUAGACAUUUGACAUCCGAAGGUUCAAUUUGUUUAUAAACCUGGAUAUAUGAAGACGUAUCAGCAUUUCUCUUUGCUGCUUGGCUUUAUAACUGCUUUUGUGAUUCCUAAACUGAAAAAUAAUUUUUGCCAGGCCUUCAAGAUCCUCAAGAAGACACUCCUGACUGAGUCAUGUUUUUUUUUUCUUACUAAGGAAUUUUGGUUUUGUCACCUGACAGUGUUGCAUACUUAACUAUGGUUUUUUAAAAAAGCAUUUACACGAGCCAUGGUGGCUUGAUGGCAAAGAAACGUAGUCUCUCACCAUCUGAGUCACGAGAAGAGUGGAGCCAGCUCUGGCACAACAUGGGCCAUGAUGCACAUGUGACAAGGGAUGUGUGUUUCUAUGUGACUUCAUCCAGUUCUGUGAACUGAGUGAAGGGACCUUCCUUUUUAAAAGCACCUAACAAUGAGCUCUGAUAACUAUUUCACUUAUACUCCCCAAAUCUAUUGGCUCUGCUAAAAAUCAAAGUAAUCAAAUAUCUAACUAAGGAUGUAGUUAACCUUAUUAAAUAUUGAUUAGAAUUGUUCUGUAAUAUUACUGAAUUUGUAAGAUCUUUAGCAAAGAUUUUUGAGCAAUUUAUAAAUAUAGAGCAAAUGUUUCUGUUUACUGCACUUUUUAUAAUUGAAGGUGAUACAUUCUCAAGCCAUGAUCACUGGCUUCCAUGCAUUGCAUAUUUACCCACAAUUCUAGACAUUUUCCAUUUUUAUGGAAGAGUUUUUUUCUGUUACCUUAAUUAUAAAUGCAAUUGUGUGGUUAAUGAGAGCUAAUGUUAAUAGUUAACCUUAUAACAUGAAUUGGCUACGGUUCAGAGGGAAGUCUCAAUAACAAUCACAUCAUUCCUUUACUGUCUCACUUGGAAAGAGAUUGAAACCAUUUUUUUUUUCCAAGCAUGAUUUAAACAUCCCAAGAUUCCCCAGGUUAGACAUGGCAUCUCUGCACCUGCACAUUGGCCAGCACAUGUCAGCGUCUGAUAACUAUUAAAUGACAACAAAUGUGCCCAAUUUGAACUUUUUUCCUGGGUUAUUUUGGUAAAUAAAGUACGCCAAGCCUUAGGGUUAACAUUUUCUUCUACAACUGAGUAUUAAAAUGGCAUUUUAAAAGAUCACAUGAAAUGCUAACUACUUGUGUGUAGGUCUUCAGGAUUAAGCACACAAAUUUCACAAAACUCUGUGAGUAACAGACUCAGCCUUCUGUAAAUAUACAUACAAGUUUGGAAACAGUAAUACUGUCCCUAUAAAUAUUUGCCGUCUGUUUGGUGUACAGUAUGUAAAAACUCCUUUUCUGCCACACUAAAAAUCCAAGCCAUUUAUGGGAAUCCUAAAAAUAGUAUUGAUCUAAUAAACCUUUGCUAAUGAUCUUUAUUUACAGGAUCAUCCAAACUUAUCACUUAUAUUGGGUUUUCUUUUCAUUUCACUCUGACAGUAGUCUGCUUAUUUCCAGCUGUUUAUUUUAUUAAGUCCUGGAUUUAAAAAAAAAAGAUAUUUUGAUUCAUUUUGUAAAUACAAGCUGUAAAGAGAGAUUUAAUGUUGUCUUUUAAAUACUCUGAUUUUCAUUCUAAUAUGAAUGUUGUUAUAUUGUACUUAGAAACUGUACCUUUAAUAUUACAUUACCUUUAUUAAAGUGCAUUGAACACAUCAAUUUUAGAUGUGCUUUAUGUACUGUUAUCCUAUAAUAAAACUUCAGCUUCUAAUGG